AUGAGGCUACAAGUUGUUUUUAACUUCAAACGGGUCUGGAAUGAAGCUACAACCCCUCCUUCGGAGGUACUCAAGAAGGGCCUUGAAAAGUUUAAGUAUUGUAUAGUUGGUGUGUUCACUAAAGGGACUCUCCCCCUUUCGAAACUGGAGGAAAAUGUUCGAAAGGCUUGGCUAGGUAAGGGUUUACUUCACUCUAGCCAAAAAGACUCCCAUACAUUUAUGUUUAAAUUUUCGUCUGAAAUGGGUAUGAACUCAGUUCUUGCUAGAGGUACGUGGUAUUUUGAGCGGAAGCCUUUGCUUUUGAGUGCUUGGGGCACUGAUCUAUUCUCUAAAGGUCCAUCUACUAUACCUCUUUGGGUGAGAUUCAAGAAUCUACCAGACUAUUACUGGACACAAGAGGGUCUGAGUUAUGUUGCCAGUGCAAUUGGGCCUCCGAUUUGUGCUGAUAAGGUUACUGCACAACUGAAUCCUGUCCAGUUUGCUAAAAUGUGUGUUCGCUAUAAAGUGGGGGAUGCUUUACCUGAAACAAUUCGCGUUGCUUUAAUGGACGCUCAUUCUUUGGAAUUCUCAAAAGAUGCAUUUGUUGACAUUGAGGUUUCGUACCCUCAAAGACCCAUGGUGUGCUCAGGUUGUAGCUCUCUUGGUCAUAUGGUGGGGGCUUGUCCGUUAGUCAAGAGAGUUUGGGUCCAAAAGAAGAGUAAGGAACCCACUCAAGAAGUUCAGUCUAAUCCUGUUGAGGGCAGUACUGGAGAAAGUGUUGGGGGAAGUAAGAUGCAGACUCAGGAUGGAAGUCCUCCACUGGAACAGCUUGGGGGGUCUGUUGUGCAGGUUGACAGUCAAAAUCUGGGGGUGCAGGAGAACAAGACAAGCUCUGAUGAAGGCUGGAAGACAGUUGGUCGUAAAAAAUCCUCCCCGAAAGAGAAAAAUGCUGAAAACACUUCUAAAGCUGCUGACAUGCCUAUUUUCACAGCAAUUGCAAAAUCUAUGACUAAAGGCCAGUUGAAGAGAGCAAGGAAGGCUGGGGGAAAGCUAAAUUUAGUAGCCCUCCUUGAAACUCACGUUAAACGGGAAAAUGCAAAUUUUUUGGCCCAUUUGGUGGCACCAAAAUUUCAGUGGGUGUUUAAUUAUGAAAAUCACUACAAUGGCAGGAUAUGGCUUGGGUGGGAUCCAAGUUUUUGGACUAUUUCUGAGGUAGUCACUCACUCUCAACACAUCUCUUGUAAGAUAAGCUCUACUGAUUCUAGCACUUGGUUUUAUGCCUCUUUUAUUUAUGCCUUCAAUGAUUAUACUGCUAGAAGAAAUCUUUGGGCUGAUUUAAUCAAUGUGAAAACUAAUUCUAUCCAUGAUUUGCCUUGGGUUCUUGCUGGAGAUUUCAAUGUUUGUCUCAAAGUGACAGAAAUGAGUAAUUCUGGAAUUGUUGGCAUUGAAAUGAGAGAGUUCCAGGAGAUUAUUGAAUUUCUUGAUUUAUUUGAUCUGAACUUUUCUGGUAAAUUGUUUACUUGGUGGGAUUCAAACAUGAUAAAUCCUAUUCACAAGAAACUUGACCGGGUCUUAGUUAAUACAGCUUGGGUUAGUUGCUUUCCCUCCUCCACUGCUCAAUUUCUUUCCAGGGGGCUCUCUGAUCAUUGUCCCGCUUUUGUGCACUUGGGAAUUGCUGUUAAAAAUCUUGCUAAGCCUUUUCAAGUUUUCCAGCACAUACUUGAACAUCCUGAGUUUAUUUCUACUGUCAACAAUGCUUGGAGUGCUAAUGUGGAGGGAGAUCCAUGGUUUAUUUUGACUUCAAAGUUGAAACAGGUCAAGUCCUGUUUGAAGGCCUUGAAUAGGAGCAAUGGUAACCUCCAUGAAGGAGUCUGUCAGGCUAGAAAUGCUCUCAUGCUGUUUCAGGAAAAUAUGCCUUCUGGACCUUCUGCUUCUAUGCUUUCUUCUGAAAACAAGUUGUGUGAUGAUCUUCGUACUGCUCUGGCUAAGGAAGAGGUUUUUCUGAAGCAAAAGUCUCGAGUCAAAUGGCUUGAACUUGGGGAUGGAAAUAAUAGCUUUUUCCACAGAUCUUGUCAGAAAAGAUGGAACUCUAAUAAAAUUCUUGCUCUGCAGGAUGGUUCUGGAUCUACUGUUCAUUCUCAUGAUGAAAUAUCUGCUGUUAUAGUAGAUUAUUUCCAGGACCUCCUUGGUACUCAAAAACCUGUUGAUUGUUUUGACACUGAUGUUGAUCUGCCAGCUCUCUCCUCGGCUCAACAGAUGUAUUUAUGCUCCCCAUUCUUAGACUCUGACAUUUAUGAAGUUCUUAAGCGUAUGGCAAAGAAAAAGAGUCCAGGACCUGAUGGUCUAUCUCCUGAGUUCUAUCUAGCAGCUUGGUCUGUCAUUGGAAAAGAUGUGGUUAGAGGUGUUCAAUAUUUUUUUGACACCUAUAAGUUGCCUAGAAUCAUCAACUCUGUAGCUGUUACCUUAGUGCCUAAGUGUGAUAAUCCCUCCAAGGUUGAAGAGUUCAGGCCUAUCUCUUGUUGCAACACCUUAUAUAAAUGCAUCUCUAAGCUCCUUGCUGGCAGAAUUCAAAAGGUGAUAUCCUCUCUUAUCUCUCCCAAUCAAUCUGCAUUUGUUCCUAAUCGCAUCAUUGGUGACAAUAUUAUGCUUGUUCAAGCAAUUUGUAAAGAUUAUCAUAAGAAUGAUGGCAGUCCUCGGUGCUCUUUCAAGUUAGACAUUCAUAAAGCUUUUGAUAGCUUAAGUUGGGACUUUCUUUUCAUGACUUUGGAAAAAAUGUGCUUCCCCUCUAAAUUCAUCUGCUGGAUAAAAGAAUGUAUUACUGGCUGUAUGGUUUCUAUCAAGGUUAAUGGGGUGCUGGAAGGAUUCUUUAAAUGUCAGAAAGGGCUGAGACAGGGAGACCCUUUGUCUCCAUAUCUUUUUGUUCUUAGCCUGGAAGUUCUUUCUGCUGCGCUUAGAUCAAAACUGAGUGACUCCAUGUUUAAUUUUCACUGGAGAACCAAUAAGCUUCAGCUGUCCCAUGUUAUAUUUGCGGAUGAUUUAUUCUUGUUUUGCAAAGGUGAGAUGGUCUCUAUUUCUCUUCUGCUAGAUGCAGUUGAUAGUUUUGCAAAUCAGUCGGGGCUUCUUCUUAAUAAAAGAAAGUGUCAAGCUUUCUUUUGCAAUGUUGGGGCUGAUAUUGUUGAUGCUACUGUGCAGAGGUAUGGAUUCUCUGUUGGUACUCUGCCUAUUAAAUAUCUUGGAUUACCUCUAAUUACUGGAAGGCUUUCUAGUAUGGACUGUGCUCCUCUCAUCCAGAGAUUAUGUAGAAGAAUUGAAGAUUGGUCUGUUCGGACAUUAAGAUACAGUGGAAGACUUCAGCUGCUCACUUCUGUGCUCCAAGGUAUUCAGGGUUACUGGGCUAGCUAUCUCUUUCUGCCUAAGGGAGUGUUAAAGAAAAUUCAAUCAUUAUUUGCAAAAUUCCUCUGGGGUGGUGAUCUUAUGACUGCAUGUCAUUAUAAAGUGGCGUGGACUGAUUGUUGUGCAAAAAAGGAGGAAGGUGGGCUGGGAAUUAGAGAUUUGUUUGAGUGGAACAGGACGGCUAUUUUGUUUCAGGUUUGGAGGCUAUCUCUUCCUUCUCCCUCAUCUCUUUGGAUACUCUGGGUUCAUUCCUGUAUGCUGAAAAAUAAAGCUUUCUGGACAACGUCUAUUCCUUAUAAGUGCCCCUGGACUAUUCGGAAAAUUCUAAAUCACAGGCAAGACGCUAUUCAGUUCUUGACUUUCAAAGUUGCUCAUGAUUCUCGUUUCAAAUUAUGGCAUGACCCUUGGCUUAUAAAUGAGCCUCUUCUUGUCAAAUUUGGUCGAGGAAUCAUACAUGUCAUGGACUCUACUGAACAUGCUACUGUACAGACCUGGAUUGCUAACAGAGCCUGGAUGGUAAGCUCUUCUAAUGACUAUAGAGCCACUGAAAUUCGGAGGAUAUUAAGUACUUGUGCUAUUGGUGACUCUGAUGGUGUGUUAUGGAAUGGUGACAGCAAUGUAAAGCUGAAAACUGUGUGGGAAUCUAUUCGUCGUAGACAUGGAUCGCCGGCUUGGUUAAGCCUUAUUUGGAAUAAGUUUCAGAUCCCAUCCUGUUCGUUUAUUUCUUGGCUUGCUUGUCGGGGUCGAUUGUCCACGAAAGACAAGCAGUUUUUAUUCUGCCACUUAGCUGAUCAGAGAUGUGUGCUGUGUCGUAGCUCUGAUGAAACUACUGAGCAUAUUUUUGCCUCUUGUCCUUACUCUUUUAUCAUAUUCCGACAGUGCCCAUUUGCUCUCAAUUUAAAUUGGAAUGAAUGGCUAGAUGGUAAUUUCUUCCAAGAUGAUGACUUGACGCUUUUCCAGAAGAACCUUGGCUAUCUCUUUGUCACUAUUGCUAUUUACCUUAUUUGGAGGGAGAGGAACGAUAGAAUCCAUUCGAACACUCUCAAAUCAGUUAAUCAGCUCUUACUAAAUGUGAAAAGAAUGUUCCGUGAAAAGUUGUAUUCGAGUGCUGCUUUUCGAAGGGAAGUUGAGAGGGACCCCACCCUUAGCCUGAUCCUUUAUUAG